CGGCGAAUUACUACCACGAGUACGGCUGUGGUCGUAAAAAACCUACGCUCAAAUCAAACAAACACGGUCCGUGUGUGUGUGUAUUACACCAAUGGAGCAGAUAGCAGAAUUCAGUCGUUAACUUACGGCUCUGGAACUCUUUUGUUUGUAUUUGCUUCUGUGCUGUGCUUCUAUGGAUUCCUUUUAUCUUUCUUCAUCGAUCUUCACUGCGAAUGGUUCGCCUCUUUCUGUCGGGUUUAAUACUGUCAACAUUCCUUUGUUGACUUCGUUUUCUGUUGGAGUGGGAACACGGAAGAAGAAUCGAAGAACUUGGGUUUCUGUUUGUAGAGCUACCUCUGUUGUGUUUUGCAAUCUCGAUGCUGAUGAUUUCAGACAUCCUCUCGAUAAACAGAAUACAUUGAUUUUGAGGGCAAUUCCAGGUUUGAACGAGGUUGGAAAGGCUUUAUUAGGAACUGUUGCAGAGCAGGUCAUGCUUCUUGAGAAUAUAGGGACAUCAAUUCUUGUUUCUGAAAAUCAGCUUCCUGAACUUCAUCAAUUGAUGGUUGAGGCUGCGAGAGUACUGAAUGUUGAGGCUCCUGACUUGUAUGUGCGUCAAAGUCCAAUACCCAAUGCAUAUACUCUAGCUAUCAGCGGUAAAAAGCCUUUUGUUGUUGUUCACACUACCCUUGUGGAGCUUUUGUCAAGAAAGGAGUUACAGGCCGUUUUGGCUCAUGAGUUGGGUCACCUGAAAUGUGACCAUGGUGUAUGGCUGACAUUUGCAAAUAUUCUUAUUCUUGGGGCCUAUAGUGUACCUGGACUGGGUGGUCUAAUUGCUCAGAUAUUAGAAGAACAGCUUUUCCGGUGGAUCCGUGCUGCAGAGCUUACUUGUGAUCGCGCAGCCCUUCUUGUUGCUCAGGACCCAAAGGUGGUCAUAUCCGUUCUGAUGAAAUUAUCUGGGGGCUGCCCAUCUCUGGCUGAUCAACUAAAUGUGGAUGCAUUCUUGGAUCAAGCUCGCUCCUAUGACAAAGCUUCUUCAAGCCCAGUGGGAUGGUACAUAAGGAAUGCUCAGACAAGGCAACUUUCACAUCCUCUCCCUGUUCUACGUGCUCGUGAGAUUGACGACUGGUCACGAAGUCAAGAAUAUAGAUUCCUUCUGAAACGUGCAGGCCAGAUCAAUAAUUUGCAAAAAGCUUAGUGAUGUACUGAAGAUGGAUGUUGAAAUCUAAUACGAUUUGAGUAUUUUCAGUUAUAUGGUAAAUCUUAUUAACUUUUUUUUUAAUGUGCCGCGUUCCAGAACCUUUGAAAUGCAGAAACUAGUUUUUGUGUUCAUUUGGAGAUUCAUGACCAACUUUGUAUGGUCCUACCCAUGGCAGAAGGAACGGAUAUGGCUGGCCUCUUUAUGUAUAUUGCACUUGGGGUUUGAAGAUGAGUAUUGACACGAAUAGAUGACUUUACCCAUCAGAUUUAUUUGUACAAUUGUUCCCUUUUUAUUUUCAUUUCCCCGUUUUGAUUUUAUAUUUCUUUGUGUGUAUAAAUUGCCAGAAAAAAAAAAAAAAGGUUGCUAGUCGUCCAGUUUUGCAUGGUGGAUUUUGUAGUUUGGCCCCAUCAAUAGAAAUGUCUUACCAUAUGAUAUGAUGCACAUCAAGUAUCAUCCUGCAAGAUGGAGAAGAGUGCGGGAGAGGGGUGCAGAUUGAAUAUGAACAGAAGUUUCUGCAAGAAAAUCGCUGUUUAUCUAGCUGUUGUAAAUAUAUAUAAAAAAAUGACUUGGGAAGUUUUUGUUGGUCAAUCUUAUGUAAAUAGAAAGGAUGUGAGGUUCUGAAGAAGCUUUACCCAAUUACCAUACCAUAUACAAUCAUUAUAUUGCAUCGUUGAACAAUUCUUGGUUUGCCCAGUGAAAACAUGCUCAAUUAUAUAACUUAUAUUUUCG